AUGGCCCAACAUUCAUCUCGUCUUCAGCGUUUGCUUACCCUGCUUGAUAGUAUCCUUCAAUUUUUUGUUCAUGCGUGUGUUUGUUGCUUCUUAUUUAGUUUUAGUAUACAAGUCACUACAUCAUAUAACAUGCAUCUAGUUCCGAGCUGAUGCUAGCCAAUUUUAGUCUUUUAUUAGACAAAGAAUCCAGAUAUUCUCUGCCGGCCCCAUUGGAGAAUUAGGAGCUUGCCUGCACAUCCACCUUCACAAUAUGUGUAACUUUGGAUGUUGCAUCAGAGACCUUACUUCCAGACUCGGGAUCUCCUAGAUAACAAACUUGUGGCUGCUGGACUUUUUCGAGUACAUUGUAAAUGGGUCAUUUGUGCUACUAUCUACCUCAAUUGCUUGUGAUGCUUUUCCGGAAAUGUUUCUUUGACAAAUACUAGCUGGUUCAACUCAAGCAACAAGAUUUGCUGCAGCGCGACAGAUUGGGGAAAUUGCAAAGUCACAUCCUGUAGAACUAUACUCCCUCUUGAAUAAGGUUCGUUUAAGUCUGCAUCAUUCUUUAUGGAGAGUCUAUUUUUAUUUUUUUCCGCAAAUUUCUCAUUUUCUUAGUUUCUUUUUCAUAUUAUUCGUGUCCUCUUAUAAUGAUUAGUUUCCCCAUCUGAAGCGGCGUUAAUUUAUUAGAUACUUCGUUAUCAUGAACUUUGUUCAUGAUAAUGAAGUACAUUUCAUACGUAACUUUGUUGCAUUAUAUAAAGGGGGUGAAGUACAUUUCAUCUUCAUUCUACUUGCAACGAAUAUAUUAGAAACCAUGGAGAUUCAAGAAUUCUCCAAGUACAUGAACAUUAUAUGAGCCUUUUUGUGCAUCUCCACAAAAGCAAGCCCAUUCAGGCUGUAGCAAUGGGGGAUCCUGUGUUUCUCUCAUAUACUUUGGCAACGUCUAUGGAAUCUAAUUCAUGAUUGAACCUUGGGGUUGUCUUUGACUGAUUCUUAGAGUUUUGCCCUGCUAAUCCCUCAGAUCUAUCUAUCUGACUUUUUCUUUGUCAUGCCAGUUUCCUGGGGUAUAACUUGUAUUCAGAAUUAUGUCUAGGACUGGUUAGGAAAAGUAUGUGGAUCCCAUUGUUUCAACUGCUUUGUCAGACCAGAUAGGCUAAUAUCUGCAUUAUGUGGAUCCCAUUUUUUCUUACGACUUUCAUCCCAAUUGUAUUAUUUCACUUGGGAGAUCUGAUGAUGUUAUUGAUGUCAAAUGAGUUGGGGAUGCAAAACCUCUAUAAUGACUUGAGCUGCUGCUCUAUACGUGUUUAUUUUAGUAUAUAGCCAAAUGAUUAAUGAUUUAAUAAUUCUUUACGUCUAUCAGUUAAUUGAGUGAAAUUUUCUUGUUGUUUUGAUAACAGAGCUUUCUAAUUUUUGUUUUACUUAUUUGUUAGUUUUCUCUUUUAUUUAGCUUUUGAAUUAUUCUCAAGGGUUCAUGGAUUUCAGGUUUCACCAUAUCUUCGUAGCCGGAACUGGGACACUAGGGUUGCUGCUGCACAUGCAAUUGGGGCCAUUGCAGAAAGUGUCAAACAUGCAUCUCUGGCAGAACUCUUUUCUCUCAUGGAAGAUGAGAUGUCGGCAUCUGGAUUGUCUGAUAGCGCUAAAGAUAUUGCAACAGCUUGUUCAAAUUUUCAUCCUAAUGUUGUAGCGGGGCUCUCAUUUAGAAGGUCAAAUUUUGAUUUCUGCAUCAAUUAUCUGCUUUCCUUUCUGAAGUCUAUCAUCUGGCUACAACUUCAAUUUCUGUUUAUUCUUGAUAACUUAUCCUAAUAUUAUACACAAUGGACAGCAAUCCAUGGCAUUGUAUGUUUCAGCUUGGAAUUUAUCAAGAAGACUUUAGCAUGAUCCGAAUGUUGAUUUCUUUAAUAACUGUGAGGGUUUGACAUUAGUUGCCUAGGAUACCUGGGAUUCCUCUGCCCUUUGUAAACAUAUAGAUAAAAUAAAAAGAAAAACAGGGCAAACAAAGAAUAAAUUGUCAAGGAAGACAACAUUUAAAUCAAAGGGGAACGAGAGAAGCAUGAUCGAAUUGAAAUGGAUUAUGAGUGAUAUUAAAUCCUGGAACCUGGAACUUAAUGCUUAUACAAAUUACAAUUCACACCAAGCUGAUUGCCAAACUGACUGGGAAAAUGUUGUUGACAGAAGUCGAUAGUUUUCCGAAUCAGGUUUCAUGGAACACGAGAUAUGCAAGGCCUCUUGUAACUUAGCUAUAAAAUUAUUUUGCGUAUCAUUUCCCUUCUUGAUUUUUGUAAUCUAUUGUACUUAAGCAUUGCGAUUUCAGCUUUUGUCUUGCUAAAGUUAACUUUUGUUUUCUUUAAUAGCUUUGACAUCCACAAGGUUUUGGAUUUUGGUUCUCUGCUGGUGGCAUCAGGAGGGCAGGUGUGCUUUUUUCUUGUGCAUUCCCUUACUUCUGUCAUGAAUGGAUACUGAAUUAGCAUUUUCUUGGAUUGGGGUUGGGUAUACAUUUGUACUUCAGUUGGAGAGUGUCACAGAAGCUAAUGUUUGUUAUCCUGAAGAGAAAAUAAGAAAACAUGUUCUCCCUGGUACACUUAUUAUCACCAGGGGAUAGGUCAGAGAAAUCAGAAAAAGAAAAAUAAAAACUACAAAUCCAACAAUCUCAGAAUGGUUGAACCACCUACUUUUUCUUACAUGAAGACUUCACCCACUCAUUCAGCUUGUCGCUAGCAAAUCUAUCAAAGCAGAAUGGUCGAAGCAGAACAUAUUUGUAAGAAACGCAAAAGACAGAAGAGCUGCACCUCAGACGGCCUGAAAGGGUAAUAGGUUUAAGACUGAAAUAAAGGCGUCUACUUGACCUAUUAUGCCUAAAACACUUCUUUUCGUCGUUUUAUUGACAGAUUCCUUUUACCUAUCUCAUUCUCUAGUAUGCUUUGUUGUCAGAUCCUACUACCUAUGGGACAUGUAAUUACUUUUGUGUCUAAAUAUUGAGCCAUGCAACCUACACAAAUUGGUUCCUUUCAACAUAAAAUAUUGUUUUCCUCUGUUUUUCUCUCCUUGUAGAUUCAAUGAAUCCCUUGUGGAUUCAAGGGACCCUUGUUUUCGAUCCUUGAGGAUUCACAGAUUUCGAAUCUCAUUCGAUGUAAAUUCGAGGUCCAAUUUAUUCCCAGUUGUCCUAUGUCACCUACAUAAAUGCCUCAUGGGAUGAAGUCUUUUCCCCACAAAAAUGGAUUAAUUCCUCCUCGUUAAGUGUCCUAGGGAGUAGCAUACUAAAAGAGCCUCCCAAUUUGGCAUGCCAUUCCCCUUGUCCAAUUACGGUUUCAAUUCAACUGAAGCCCAUUGAAAGUGCUUAGAUGCUUCAUUCGAAGGCCUAAUUUUAGCUUUACCAAGUGGCAUAAAAACUGAGAAAAAGAACUUCCGAAGAUAAAAUGUUUCAAAAUUUCUUCAUCCUCAGUAGACAAAAAAGGACGUUAUGGAUUAUGGCCUUGAAAGGAGGCAAAGUUUCUUCUCAUCCCAAAAGCACCUUUACGGUUGAUUUUUUUCAUCAUUUGUUGUAAAAAAUUUCUGAUCCGCUUGCUAACUCACUCUAGCCUGUGGGACAUCCUUCCAAAUUUUUGUGAUAACACCCAUGCUAUGCAGUAUCAAAUCCCAACUUCUGCUUAUCACCUCAGUAAGGAAGACAAAAAAGUAGAUAUAGAGAAAUCCUUUGUCGAUGUCUUCAAUGCAGAAAGUAAAUUCAAUUUUUUUCUCAUUGAUCGGAUCUGUAAGUCUGGUAUAAGAGAUUCAUGCUUGGGUUCAACCUAUGUGUCUGUCAUCACAAUUCCUCUUGGAAGAAAUGAUCUGAUUUACACUAUCAUUAUGUUUUCUAAAAAUUCAGCAUGAGAAUUGGGCCUCUUUUUUUUUGGGAUAUUUCAUCAUGUGAGUAGCCUCAUGUGCCACUAGAAAACCUUUUUGAAUCUGGUGCCCUUUAAUGAAUGCAUUUUAUUUCCCUCCGAUCGACUCUGUUUACAUCCAUGUUUACUUGGUGGUCAGUAUACACGUCAUGCUGUUGUACACACCAUUCAAUAAGCUAAUGGGAAAAAGUCUUUUAAACUAUUUGCAUCAUAUUUUGUCAGUUUUGGCACCAAGAAUGCUUUCUUUAGGCCGGCCCCUAAGAUGAGUGUUUCCUUCUUGGAACUUCAUAGUUUGUAUCAUAAAAACUUAUUUAUUACCAGGUCUUCAGAAACGGGCAGAUCAGCUAAGAUCCAGCCGUAGUUGGGGAGUUUCACAUUCGAGAGGCUUGGAUUGGAAAUGCAUGAGAGAUCCUUGUCACUUAAGCUCACCAUCUGAGAUGAAUUAUAUUUCUUGAUGCCAAUAACGAAAAUGUUCCUUUAACAACGUUUGGAGAAAGUUGAAAUCCUCUCUUUCUUGUUAUCUGCUUCAGGGGCUGGUGAUUGUUGCAAUCAUAAUCAACAUUAUCUCAUUAUUCUGGGUCACUUUGCUUCCCUGAUAUUCUUUUCGUAUUGGUUCAUUCCCCUCGCUUCUUACCUUUAAUACUGGUGUAUUAUCCCUGAAGGAAUAUGAUGUAGCGGUUGAUAAUAGCAAGACACCAGCAGAGAAACUGGCUCGACAGAAGCAGAACCUUCGUCAUCGUUUAGGUUGUUUGAUAAAUUUCAUCUUAUGCUUUUGAAAUUGGUUAUAACUUUGACUAUUUGUAAGGCUUCUUUUAACCUAAUUUUUUUCACUAUUUGUAUAGCUUCCAUUUGAAUUUCCCAAUCUAUAAUAGUGGUCAUACGUCUAGUUGAUAAUAGCAAAAACGAGAUUGGAAUUCAAUAUAUUUCUUUGAUGACCUCGGACCUCAUAUUCCUUUGAUUUUGGCUGCAGUUCAUGUUUGAGGGUUGACUGAGAAGAUUUCCCCCGGUUCUGAUUUCACAUUUCUCUCAAUAGAUUGUUGUUAAUAAGUUGGAAGAGUACUAGACGGAGUUCAUAGGAGUAGAAAUGGGGAUUGAACUGGGUGCGAACGGAUCUGAAAUGAAUUGGGUGUUCUGGUCCAUUUACUUAGAAUGAGCUUGAGUAGCCUCUGUUUUGGGUGGUUGCCAAAAUUCUCCAAAUUGUAUAAUAUGUUUCAGAUUGUGGACAUUAUGACAGAUAGCCUAGAUUUCUGACAGUCUUCUGAUGAAAACUAAGGAUGAUAAUAUUAAAAGAUGUCUAGAGGGGAUAGCUACACUAGCCCAGUGGCCAUACGAGUCUGGACAUAUGACAGCAUCAUGACAACAAGAAGAAUGGGGACAGAAAACCUUAGAAGAAGGCAAGCAGUGACGUAGGGGAUCAAACAACAUGAAGAUGUUUAAUCAUGGACAAAGGCUGUCAGUUGAGCUACAUUAUAGUGUCAGAUCGUAUGUGUGAAGGUACAUGUAUCGUUGAUUGUACAUGGAGAACCUAGAUCCCAGUAUAUCCUGAUUCCAUUUAUUCUGCACGGAGAAAUUCACCUUCCGCCCCAUCAAUUUUUUGAUAUACGGUCUUUAGAUAUUGCUCAUCUUUAUUCAUUGCCAACCUUUCUUUAAUGCAUCCUUGAGUUUGAAGUACAGUUUUUAAAAUUUGUCUUAGGAGAAGAUGAAACUACCUUUUUAUUCAUUUUGUAACUACAGCUAGAGCCAUAAACUUUUAAUUUUUUGGCUUCUUUCACAAGUUCCUCUAGCUUACUGGGUCUUAUUUUUCAUGAGAGCUGCUCCAAUUUUUAGCGGACUUGGAGGUUUUCACAUGAUUGAUGGGAUACCCAAAAUGUUGAAAAUUGUUUGGAAAUAUUGUUUUAUUGCUUUUAUAUGUCUUUUUUGGUAAAUACCUAUUUCCCUCAGAAUGUUUGAUUAUGAAAAAAUUUGGCAUGUAGCUAAUGACAUUUCGAAAUUAUUUCUUGCUCUGUGUUAUUUUGUUUGUUUUGGAUUCGAAUUUAUUCGUCUUUCAUAUCAUUGAUGGUAUAUAAAAUCAACAUUGAUAUUACGAUUUCCAGUUAGAGCUCAAAAUCCAUCAUAUAUCUCAUUGGCCAAUUUAGGGUAAUUGUCUUUAUCAGUGUGAUCUCAUUUUUCUAUCUGCUGAAUCUAUUCUUAUGCAGGUUUAGAUGUCUGUGAGCAAUUUAUGGAUGUGAGUGAUAUGAUAAAAGAUGAAGAUCUUCUUGUGCAGAAAAUCCAUGCUCAAGGAAAUGGAUUGAGUCAUGGAUAUCGUGCAUCCUCAUCAGGACAAAGUAUCCAACAACUUGUUGCAAAUAUGGUUCCUAGCUUUCGCCCUAGGAAAUUAAGUGCAAGAGAGCUGAAUCUUCUGAAAAGAAAAGCAAAAAUAAAUGCCAAGGACCAACCGAAGGAUCGGUGUGAAGACGAUGAGCCCGAGAUGUCCCCUCUUUAUAAACCGGUGACCCCCAAGAGUGACUAUCCAACACCAUCAGGUGCCAGUAAGGUAUUUGCAAUCAAUCUCUGCACAUUUUUCUAAAACAUUCCAUGAUAUACUUGAUUUAUCAUAUGUAUUUCUCUUGUGCUCUGUGGAACUUCAUUUCUUCAAAAAUCAUGUCUCAUAACAAUAAUUCAAAUUGUUCCAUCAAUUGGAAAGAUAAUAGCUUUUUUGCAAUCACUUUUUAUUUAGUUCUAUGAGCAUUUUCAUAAAAGCAAAAGUUAGAAAGGUUCCGAAUCGUAAUCAUGCACAAGCCUUGGGAGAUAAUAUUUUUAACUAUAACAAAGAUGGAGUUUAAUAAAGCUGGUAUGAAACUAGCGAUAUAGAGAAUGUUAUUGAGAAUCAACGAUUUCCUAGAAAAUAUUUUUGUCCCUGAAGGAUUGCUUAAAGUGGAUAGUAAGGCAGUGGAUUGAAUCUUCUCGAGAAAAGUGGUUGUGCAAGUAUUUCCAUAUAAUUCUCUUUGAAACACUGUAUAACGAAUCUGAAAACCUGGAAUAUUUUCAGUUUAGAAGUUUAUUGGUAAUAUUGGGACAUCUUUCCGAAAAUUUCUGCACAAGAUCUUGAUGUCCUGAAGGAUCCUGUGUUGAGUGGAUGAUUACGCGAUAACACCACAGUACCUAGCAUUUCUGUAAUAAUAGUUGGACCAAAUAGUGCCAUAUUAUCAAAUUAUGAUGAAGAAAUGGUUGAUAUUAGGAAAAAAAAGUUUUCUGAACAUGACUUAAAAAUAUGAGUGAUCAGUGGUGGUGAUCAGUUGGAAAAGAUGUGAUUCACUAUACGGUUGUCCUGCAUUAUGCAUCUUGUUUGUAUCUGUAUCUUUCGCUUGUUAUAGGUGAGUCAGGGAGCACAUAUUGCCAUCAAAUUUUGGAUCUGCUAGGCUCCUCUCUGUUUUGUUUAGAUUUCGUAAAGUCAAUUGGUUCCAAGAAAAAGCAACCACUGUUUCUGAAAAUAUAAGAAACGAGAAGUAAAAUCUAUUUUAAACACAUUUAUGUAUUUUUUUUUGAAAAAGAUGAAACAACAUAAAAUUACAAUGCUUUUCACCAAAUUCACCUCCAUGUUUUAUCAUCUCUUCACUAUAUCUCGUUCAGCAGUUCUGUUGGUUGGUGUCCUUGAUGAAUAUAAGUACAUAGAGGGAAGGUGGAAGUAAUUAUUUUUAUUUCUUCUUUUUUCGGUGGAUAUCAUAGUUGCUGACCUGUUCUGUAAGGUUUUGGACCUCCCAGGCUCUGAUCUGCAUGGGACAUCAUAUCUCAUUUCUGUGUGGUCAGAUUACUAAUGAUUAUGGUUGAUUUGUUGUCGAAUUGGCCUCGCUGAAAUGCGAGUUGUGCUGUAUCAGUCUUAAACGACUUGCCAUGUCCAGAAAAGGAUGAAUUGGAAAGCAGUGCUCCUUUCCAUAUGUGGUUGUCAAUUCCAAGGGUUGCUGAGAGGGUAACACAGGAUGAGAAACGUCUUCUUGAAGAGAAGAGGGGAAGAAGAGAAGGUGCUACGAGCAUUUCAAUUGCUGUAUUUGACACCAAAGCCUCUUCGUGUUGCCACUGAGUUUCUUCUUGGUGAAGAUGCACAAAGAGAAAUAAGUGCUACUGCCACGAAAAGCUGGAAAUCAGGCCACCAUUUUCUGAUCAUCCAUUUGGAGCGGACUUUUGCGAAUGAUAACAUCAAUAGAAGAUUGUUUCCUGUUUUCUAUCAUCUUCUAACCGACCUCCCUGCUCUAUUCAAGAUUUAUGAGCCAUUAUUGCAUAUUAUAUCAAUAGGAUCUGAUCCCAAUUUUGUUCGGUUUGAAUCUGCCAGAUUUACUGAUUCAAGGGUCCUAAAUCACCACGAAAUAGAAGUGAAAGAGGAUUUUUUUGACAAAGAAAAUGUUCUUGGACAUGUUUCAUGGUCAGGUCUUUUUGAAAAGGCCUUAUUGCUUUGUUAUUCUUGUCUCCUCCUCCAGGACCAGUUGUCAUUUCAUUCUUGAAUGUCAGUGAGGUUGUGUAGGGAAUAAAAAGAAGCCCUCACCACAACCAGGUGGCUAAGAGUGGGUGACCAUGGCAGACUGCCACAACAGGGAUGAAGCAGCUGUUGGUGGUUCUCUGUUUUUUCUUUCCGUCUUCAUUCUUUCGUUGUGCACUCACCUUCGUGAACUUUCUCCCUACAUGUCUUUCAAUAGUUGGAAUGCAAUACAGAAAGAAGAAGUGAAGUGAAAAGAAAAGCAGAUAGGUGUGUGAAGAAAUAAAUUGAACAAAACAGACAGAAAUGCCUUUUGAACGCAAAAAAUAAAACUAGGAAAUAGCUCACAGUUUUUGUUGGACACCUAUCCUGGUUUUGAAGUUUCUCUUUGUUCAUUUAUGUCCAUUGCUUGAUGAACAUUUACUGAGUCAAUCACUUUAUUUUAUGUUUCUUGUUAUUCUGUUAGUGUUUCUCUCAUAUCAGCAAAGAGAUUUACUGAUAUUGUUCACAAACAGGGCUUCAUAGAUGUAUCUGUUGAUGAAACCCGUCCAGAGCUUGAUGGGACUGGAGGAUGGCCUUUUCGUCAUUUUGUUGAGCAGCUUAUUCAUGAUAUGUUCGAUCCCAGUAAGUUUUGUAUUGUGUUCCGUAAUUUCAAUGAUUUCCGUGCUUUGACCAUCUAAAUGACGCAUUUUUCAGUAUGGGAAGUGCGCCAUGGGACAAUUAUGGCGUUGAGGGAAAUCCUAACCCAUCAAGGUGCCUGUGUUGGAGUAUAUAUGCCUGAUUUAGACUCAGAUAUGUCAUGGAUACCGGACAUCGAUAUUAAAUCUAUAAAGAGGGAGAAAGAGACUGAUUUAAAUGUCCUGCCAAGUGUGGAUGAAUCUGAGCCAGAGUCAAAGAGACAGAAAUUGGGAAAUGAACCAUUCCAAGCAACUAUUUUGAAGAAAGAGUUGGACAGUGAUACGGUGAAACUGGAAGAAGUUUUGCUGCACCAGGCAGAGAAGUCAGAGAGCAGUGAUCUUGUUGUUGCUGAUAUUAAAACUGAACCAGAUUCCUGUAUGAGUGGCUUCCCUGUGCCACCUGAAGAAAUCGUUACUGCUGGAACAGAGAAAAUUCUGGCGGAAGACAAUAAGUUGGUUCCAAAGGUUGAGUUUCUGGACAAUCUCCCUCAAGGUUGCAAGCUCAUUAAGCUUAUUAAACUUACAAGACAUUCGUGGAUCAAAAACUGGGAAUUUCUUCAGGAUUGUGCUAUUCGUUUUAUCUGUGUGCUUGCAUUGGACCGGUAUGUUUGCUGUUGGUUCUAUUGCACUUUUAACUUUAUUAUUAUGCCUAUCAUGUGAUUUUAGGCCGUCUAGCCAUCUUUCUGCUUGCAUUUUCGAUUUCAGAAUGAACAAUAUACAACAAAACACAGUAGUGAGGAAAAUGUGUUUCUUCCAGGCAACUGAGAGAAUGAAUAUUCUGCCUCCGUUUGUAUAGUUAUGUCAUCUAUAUGCAUCCAUUUUGACGUGCAAGUGAAUACUUCAUGGUGGUUUUCGCUGUGUAAUUAUGACAAUGUUCAAUUCUCUCUUUGCUUAAGAUUUCUUUUUAGUUCUUUAUUAUCCCUUCACCCAGUGAUUUGCAUCAUGUUGUGUUUUGUAGUUUUGGUGAUUAUGUGUCAGAUCAGGUUGUCGCUCCUGUAAGGGAGACAUGUGCACAAGGUCUUGGAGCAAUACUGAAGUACAUGCACCCUUCUUUAGUUUAUGAAACACUUCAAGUUCUGCUGCAGAUGCAGGUUAUUUUCAAAAUGUUUGUUCAUCUUCAGUAGCAUAUUAUGUUCUUCCUGUAGGUGUGUUAUAACUUAUUGUCUCUAUUAUUAUGUCCAUUUUAUUUUUCAGUGCAGGCAAGAAUGGGAGAUCCGUCAUGGCAGCCUUCUUGGUGUAAAAUAUUUAGUUGCUGUGCGACAGGUAACAUACUUUCACGAAAAUUGUGCUAUUAAUCUAGGUUCCACCGUUUUUCUUUGUGGCUUAUCUUAUCUUAAAUCAGUAGUUGUCGUGGUUUCAUAAUGGAAUCACCUUGCUUGCUGUUCUUUCUCACUAAACCAUAUUAUAAUCUUAAUGUUCCUAUUUAAAUACUUGCAAUAAGUGAUAACUACGUAUUGUGUGAUUCUUCCUUUUUCAUUCGAUCGAUUCCAUAGUUGGAACCUUCUGCUGUGGUUUUUCUAAGUGACUCAGCGAAUUUAUGCGAUUAGAUAAUGUCUAACAGAAUGAUAAUUAUAUAGGUUAAGUAUUGGAGGGCCGUCUGAUAUUCCCGAAAUUGUGCAAAAUGUCUCUCAGAAUGCCAAUAUCUGCUGACCAUCUCUGUCCUGUGUCGUGUGCCUACAGUUGGUAAAAUACAGUUGCACGUUCGAGAAACGAACAUGGUUAGCUUAAUAAACUGACGCACAUCCUUCACGUGUAAGUUUUAGGGCAUUGGGCUAUUUCAAAUUUUGUGUCCUUCCCGCCCUAGCUUUGACCAAUUUGAUAUCCUUUUCAACGAGGACGUUUUUAACCUCAAUGCAUUUUUUUUGGAGUCGUGGAUAACUACAACUGAAAUAAAGUAGGUCCAAGCAAUUAGAUUCCUCUGGAUGGAGAAUCAAUGCCUGCUUUAUUGGGAAAAAGGGGAUGAGCUUCUUAUUGGAUGCUUUGAUCGUUAGUCAUUCACCUAAGAUUCUUAUUGUUCAUAGCCAUUAAUGGGAUGUGAUCGGAAAGAAAAAAUGUGCUUGGGUAUUGUUUCAUUGAACCACAACAUAAUCAAAUGGCAAUGAUCUCAUUGGAGAUUCUAUGGAUGCUCACUGUUGAAGUAUGAUCGUUUAAUUCUGCCAUUUCUCACUAAAUUGUCUAUACAUUUUCAAAAUCGGAUUUAUCCUGACAUAAGGAAAAAGAGUGGAUGACUCAUUGAAACUUGAUUGAGAUUAUAAACAUGUCUUUGGGAAGAUUGUACUUUACAGAGGCAGACACUGUGAACAACGAUCAAUUUGUAUGAAAAAAAUGAAAAUUCUUGUCUUUGGAAUAUUAUUUUUGUUAUGAAUCAUGCUGCCUUGGUUUCUUCUUUUCAGUCAUAAGUAUGAUUUCAUUACUCAUUCUGUUUUGGUCCAACAGAAUCAGAUUUUCCUCUCAAAUUACCAAGUCUGGAUCAUUUUGGGGGAUUAGAUCACUAGAAGGGGGAUUUGGAUCAAUUCUCAUGUCCGAAGCCUUUGGUAUCUUAACCCAAAUAUCUGCUUCUUGUAUGUAUACCAGAUCUGCCUGUUGAAGAAUCUACAUAAGUGGAUCUGUCGCUUGGAGGCAUUUUAUGCUAAUUUUUCUUGAUAAAAUACACUUUUAAAUCGAUACAUUGGGUCCUUUUGUUUAUCAUGGAAAACGGUUCACAUGUAGGUCGUUUCUGCUCAUGUUUUGAUUGAAUGUGCGACAGUAUGGUUAGAAAUAACUUAUAACCAUUUUAAAGGACCCUUUAAAUGAUUCGUAUAAUUCAUUCUACCGGAUUUGAGAAUUUAUGGAAAAAAAUGGAAAAAAUUGGAUGGAAAUAGUUCAGCCAAAAUUGACAAACAUAGUCGAUGUUCACUGGAAAUAGAAGGUUGUUUAUUUAUUAUCAUUAGGAGCCAGUGGAACUUGGAAAAACUUACCAUAUUCUUUCUUAUUAGAAGUUCCCUCGAGAAACACAACCGGGUAGAAAAUACUCGCUAAAAUAGUAUUAGUAAUGGGGUUGGAUGAGGAGGGACUAAUUUUUUUUAAAAUUGUUGUAGAUUCAUUUUUGGGUCUUCUGGCUUUUGUUUCAUUGUAGCUUAUCGAAUUAGGAAAAAAUCUUGUCUUGCUUGACAUUAGGAAACAUGGGAGUCCAGAAUUUCUUGCUCCCCUCACUUUUCAUUACCUACGCUUCCAUUAAGUGUAGACCGAGGUGGCUAUCACAUAGCUAGAGGAUGGUAAUAACCUAGUCACCUCAUGGUAAAGCAGAUUCAGCCAACAAUCUUUCAAUCCCCAGAAAUUAGAUAAGUGGCCCAGCUCAGCUGAGGUUGGCCCAGAGGCAGUGGAGGAAAUUCACGCUCAUAGCCAGGUUGAGAAUUGAGAAAGGGCAACUAGAAAAACAUAUUAACACAUGUAUUAAUAUGAUCAUAUGUCUAAAUUUUUUUGAUGAUGAUCUAUGUGCAUUGACAUUUCUGGUUAUCAACUUGUUGUGGUAAUAGUCUUUACAAAAAGGUUUUUUUAGCUGUUUUGCCCCCAGUUUAUCUUUUGAUUACUUUUUUUUUUGGCAGAAUAUUCUAAUUAGAGAAGCAUAAUGGGCUAACUACUGAAACUUCUCUCUUUUAAAUAACAUGAAAUUGUAUAUUCUUCAUUAAAUACUAAAUCCGAAUUGUAGAGAAUCAGAGGUUCAUAUCCAACAUUAAGAAGAAAGUGAGCAUGAAUUUAUAAUGGUUUUCUUUAUUGAUACUCUCUGUUCUCUUUAUUCUUAGUCCUGUCUUUGACACAAACCAUAAUUCUUUACUUUAAUGAAGAACUUUUACUUUUCUUGUUAUAUAACUGAUUGUGGAGUUAGAGAACUGUUGUUUCAUCUUCUCCAUUAAACUUGAUUAUCUUUCCAGGAUAUGCUUCAAGAUUUACUAGGUUAUCUUUUGCCUGCCUGUAAAAUUGGACUUGAGGACCCAGAUGAUGAUGUGAGAGCAGUUGCUGCUGAGGCCCUAAUACCUGCAGCUGCAGCUUUAGUGUCUCUUAAAGGGGAGGCACUUCAUGCGGUAGUUAUCCUGCUUUGGGAUAUUCUGCUCUACCUAGAUGACUUAAACCCAUCCACAAGCAGGUAUUGUAAUGUCAUUGAAUGACGAACUACAUAUUUAGUUGAUGCAGAACAUUCUCGGCUUUUUGUUACUCCAUUGGAAGGUAUUAUUUUCUAUUGUUAUUUCUUGGCCAAGAAAUAGUUAUCAUGAACGUUUUCUUGGUUGGACAAUUUUUACGGAUGGUAAAGAUAUUUGUUUUUGAAACUCAGGACGGCUUAGUAAUUUGAGAUAUACUAUCCUCGUUGAAAACUUAUCUACAUAAUAAAUGGUGAUAUUUUAGUUAAAAUCCAAUGAAACAAUCUAGCAAACCAAUUUCACUAAUGAUUCGUGUCUUCACUGAACUAAUUGCUCUAUUGGGUUUUGUAAUUCUUUGCAUUUAAAAUGCUUUAUCUGGAAACAGAGUUUAGGUGGUCUAAAAGUUACUUUAUGUGUGAGCUUCGUGUGAAGUUAUGAGCGUAUCCAGUCGUAAACUAAAAUUAAAAAAUCCACUGGUAAGUUUGCAAGUCCUUCUGGACACACUCUGUCGUAAACACGCUGAUAACUUCCUGGACACUUAAUUUUGGUACACUUACACAAAACUAGUCUUCACACUACUGUCCUAGCCCUUCUGAGGUUAAUUCUUCUCUAAUCUGCUAGUUCCCGUGUAGGCAAAACUGUAUGAUAUUUAUCUUCGUAAAGGUCCGGCUCUGUGGUGCAGGAUAUUUAUCUUUCUUUGUGCUGCUUGUGUGACUUGCAAAGUGCUCUGCUUAAUUUUGUCAGAGUACCAUAACUGACUUUGAUUUUAUUUUUUGCACAACUUUGUUUAGCGAGCAUGCUACAAACAUAUGCUUUUUCUUGACGUUGAUCCUCUACUAUUUUUUUGUGGAUACCUUUUCAAAAUUGUAGAGUAUUGGAAGCACUAUUUAUGGUAGUAAAUUAUAAAUGCUAUCAAGUUUACUGUCUGAAUUAUUUUGUUUGAAUACAUUUUCCCUUUCAAAUGGAUGAGAAAGAUUCACGUGAAAUUUUGACCUCCUUAAAAUCGUUUUCUGCGUUUCAGUGUGAUGAAUUUGUUGGCAGAGUUAUAUUCGCAGUCGGACAUGAUGCUAGGUGUCACAGGAUCACCUGGAAAAAAAGAAUUUGAUCUUAAUGAAAUAUCUCUAGUUGACGAACAGUCAGAUGUGAUGAAGCACGAAGAUAAUCCUUAUGUCUUAUCAACGCUUGCACCACGGUUAUGGCCAUUUAUGAGACAUAUAAUAAAAUCAGUUCGGCACUCUGCUAUACGUACUUUGGUGAGAUUUAAUUUUGUUGCUUAGCCACUGGUUUAAGUUUGUCCAUCAGCUUUUCUUUUUAAAUCCAUUAGUUUCCAUUUCCGUAUUUUUUCUUAGCUAAUCUAUUCAAACAGUUAUUCACCUUUUUUUAAACAUAAUCAGCGACGUAGAGAGAUAAUUUAUGCACACUUGGUGUACUUUUUUAGGAGCGGCUUCUGGAGGUUGGCUUGAGGAGAACAUUUUCUGAGCGGACAACGAGUAUAUGGCCUUCUGAAAUUUUAGGUGACACUCUGAGAAUUGUUUUUCAGAACUUGCUUCUUGAAUCAAAUGAAGAAAUUCUUCACUGUUCUGAGAGAGUUUGGAGCCUUCUCCUUCAGGUUAUUUAUCACUUUAAUUUAACAUGAUUGUGUAUAAAAUGAUUUUGCAUUAUUUGUUUGCCCUGGAUGUGUUUAAAUGACUCAGCAUUUUUCUCUUUAGUGCCCAGAAGAAAAUCUGGAAGCCGCCUCAAAACUGUACUUUUCUGCUUGGUUACAACUUGCUACUACCCCGCUUGGUUUAACCUUGGAUGAUGGAAAGAUGUUCUGGCCAGUUGCCCUUCCUCGGAAAAGUCAUUUUAGGGCGGCAGCCAAGAUGAGGGCUACGACUUACGAGAAUGAAAAUCAUACAAAUCUUAGUUUUGAUUCUUCAAAAGGAAAUAUCAUUCGGGAAAAUGUGGAUGAACACCAGACCACCACCAUGAAAGUCAUUUUUGGUGGAGAUAAUGAGAAGGCUGUCACAUAUACUCGGGUAACAACAGCAACUGCAUUGGGUGCUCUUGCUGCUAAAUUGCCCGAUACUUCUUUACAAGUUGUCGUUGAUCCCUUGUGGAAUGAUGUUACCUCUUUAUCUGGGGUACGAAGGCAGGUAUGUCAUAACGUAGUUUUUCACCGAAUUACUCAAAUUUUCUUCAGUUGAAUUUAAAUAUCACAUCCCUGCAGGUUGCUUGUCUAGCCCUAAUUGCUUGGUUCAAGGAGCUCAAAGGCAAAAACCAUUCCCGGGUUCAUGAAAUCUCUAUUGAUUUUCUGGAUCCGCUUAGGCACUGGCUUCUGGACCUGCUGGCAUGUCCCGACCCUUCAUUUCCUACAAAAAAUUCCGCUCUUCCUUAUGCUGAACUUUCAAGAACAUACACAAAAAUGAGAAAUGAAGCAAGGAAAUUGUUUCAUUUGACAGAGUCAUCUGGUACUUUCAAAGAUCUGAUGUUAAGCACUACAAUAAAUUUAGAUAUGCUCACUAUUGAUGAUGCAAUAAAUUUUGUCUCAAAACUUUCUUUGCCUCUUGAGCAUUCAAAUGGGAAUGGAACUGAGGAAAGGCACUUGGAUGAUUUAGAAUUGUCUAAACAGCGGCUUCUCUCUACGUCAUGUUAUUUAAACUGCGUCCAGGUAUCGUGACUACUCAUCAUUAAAUGCUUAUAUUACUUAUAAUAGCAGAUUCUUUUAUAUUUUGAAUAGCUGGGUACAACUGAUAAAGUUCUGACUGAUAUCAAUUCCUUAAUCGUUUUCUGGAACAGUGCUAAUGGAACAAAAUGAUUUCGCAUCUGUUUCUUUUCUUGUGCAGAGCAACUUACAUGUUAGUGUGUCGGCCUUAAUUGCUGCUGCAGUAGUCUGGAUGUCUGGACUACCUGCCAAGCUGAACCCAAUCAUUUUGCCUUUGAUGGCUGCAAUUAAGAGAGAGCAAGUUAGUGAUUCUGCGGCUGAAUAAAUGUUGUACUUUUAAUUGUACUAGGGAUUUAAAGCGGCGUCUUUGUCUUACAGGAGGAAGUACUGCAACAGAAGGCUGCUGAGGCACUUGCCGAGCUCAUUUUUUCCUGUGUUGGACGCAAACCUGGUCCAAAUGACAAAUUGAUCAAAAACAUCUGCAAUCAAACGUGCAUGGACUUUUCUGAGACACCCCAAGCAGCACUUAUAAGUUCCAUGGAAGUUAUUGAGAGCCAGGAUCUAUUAAAUCUGGGAAGAUCUUCAUUCAACCGGAAAGCAAAAGGACAAAUCCCAUCUGGUGGUGAGGAUAGGUCAAAGAUUGAAGGAUUCAUCUGCAGACGUGGUUCAGAACUUGCCUUAAAAUAUUUAUGUGAAAAAUUUGGGUCAUCUUUGUUUGAUGGACUUCCAAAGCUUUGGGAUUGCCUCACCGAAUUUCUCAAACCACUGCCUGAUUAUUUCUCUGCAAAUGACCGGCAAAUGAUGGAAAUGAUUGAUGAAGUCAAGGACAAAGAACCACAGCUCCUAAUAAACAAUAUUCAGGUGUGGUUCACUCUCCUAUUUACAGCAGUAUCAUUUGGUUCUUCAGUCUGUGGUGAAUGUGGACUUGCAUGGCAAGCAACGUUAAGCAUUUUCCUAUAGUUUUUUCUUGGUCCGUCUUUCAUUUUGAUUUUCUUGCAUCCCUGUUACAUGUAGCUUGUGUCUUCUUGCCCUGUAUUAAAUUUGUAACAAUUGAACGGGCUUCGAUAACUGUCACAGCUCAUCAAGUUUUAGAUCCCCAAUAUUCCACUUUUGAAGCUGGGUUUGCGAUACACAAAUGAAUAUACUUGUUUUUUUUAUCUUUUUAUGCUUGUUAAAUUCACAGCAAAGACUAAUGGGCCUGCAACUGUUGAAAUUGGUAGAUGACUUACUGUUCAUCAUAUUCAGACACUGUCACCCAUAUUCACCUUCUUUUUUUUAUCAUAACCUUACUGUGAGACAGACUCCACAUCUAGCCAUCAUUAAUUUUCUGUUUACGUUUCUCAUUCCAUUUCAAAUUCUUACUAGUCUCAAUAUUCCUAUUUGGUUGAUUCUUCCCCAGCAACUUUUUUUGUCCCCAUUGUGGCGCUGUUUUCUUUCAUCUUACACCAGUUCCAGCUCCAGUUGAGCUCACUUUUUGUCAUCUUCACGAGGUUGUGACUAGUGAUACACUUGAUUCUAUUGACAAUGCUCCGGCAGUUUCUGCUGCAAAUCGCAGAGGUGAAGGAUAAGAAAACCAACAUGCCUGCUCCUGCUGUUGUGACGGCUAGCCAGCACAGAUCCUAAUCCCUUCUAAACUAUCAAAUGAAAUCAGUUAUCGACAUCGUAGGUUUCAUAUAUGCUAAUUAUUCGUUUUUGGGAACUAACCAUCAAGAUGACCAUCUGGUGACAAUUUGGGAUCUGGGUGCGAAAUCUACUGGAUCCGCACAUAAUUCGAACUGCAUGUUGUCCGGGUAUUGCCAUUCCUCACAGGGAGGUGUGGUUUAUAGAAAAGGUUCUGACAAUUGAAUCCUGCACAUAACCUGCAUUGGGUGUACAGGAUCAUAGCUGUUUAGAGUGGGAUGAUCAUAGCUUGUAGGAUGUGAAGUAUACUACGUAUGAAGAACGCUGCAAGUUGCAAUCUUUAACGCACAGCUUGGGUGGACAACGGGCCUGUAUACAUGCGAUAUUUGCACGGUUGUAAUAACAAGCAUGUCAUAUAUUUCGGUCAGUUUUAGAGGCAUCUCACUUCUGAUUUUCUUCAACUGGAUAUAGUCUCUUUUUUAUGAAUAAAAAUUAUGGUCGGAUAUGUUGACGAUCUAAAAUUAAGAAACCAUCCCUUCAAUUGCAUAUUCUUAUGCUAGGUCCGCAAAUGUUUCUCCAGUAUCCAUACAUAGGGUUAAAAAAUAUGGAAAAUUUCUCUCAUGUUCGGUGGGCAAAUAGUUGGCCUUUCGUUUGUUUUAAUGUUGGAUUACGUUAUCUUAUACUCCAUUUUUCAUUCGAAUGAUUUGGUUUUAUUCAUUCUCCAAUGGUAAUACUUGUUUUUUUGGGUUUCUUUUUUUAACAUUAGAGUCUAGUUAUAUUGUCUCAUACUAGAUGACUGGGUUUUUCCUGCGAAAUAUUAUAAGAAUUUUUAUUGGAAAAUGUUCGUGUUAUGUAUCAUAUAAUCAUAGCGGAUAGGUGCCUUGAUUUCUUCAUUGCAAAGUGAUCUUGUGGACUUCAUUUAUACUUUGACAGGUGGUGCGCUCUAUUGCUCAUUUGGUGAACGAGUCACUGAGACCGAAAUUGCUCAGCCUUCUUCCCACCAUUAUUGUCUGUAUUUGCCACCCUCAUGUGGCUGUUAGAUUAGCUGCUUCGAGAUGUAUUACUUCCAUGGCCAAGACGAUGACUACUGCUGUAAUGGGAGCUGUGAUAGGGAAAGUCAUUCCUAUUUUAGAACAUUCAUCGUCUUUGUAUGCAAGGCAAGGAGCUGGCAUGCUCAUGAGCUUGCUCGUCCAAGGGAUGGGGUUGGAGCUGGUAGCAUAUGCUCCUUUACUAAUCGUUCCUCUUCUCAAAUGCAUGAGCGAUUCUGAUCAUGUUGUAAGGAGCACUGUGACCCAUAGCUUUGCUGCCCUUGUACCUCUUUUGCCACUGGCCAGGGGACUCCCCGUGCCAACAGGUCUAAGUGAAGAUUUAUCAAGAAAUACAGAAGAUGCAAAAUUUCUGGAACAGCUUCUUGACAACUCCCAAAUUGAUGAUUACAAACUGCCGAUUAACUUGAAAGUUUCAUUAAGGAGGUAAAAGCUCUUCUAAAUGUGCAAAAACUUCUGUGAUGCCUUUGUGAUUCUAUUUACUUUUUUUUUACUUGUCCCCUUGGCAUUGUCAUGUAUGAGAGAUGUGUUGAUCGUUGCAUAAUAGGUCUCCUUUUGUUGACAUUGCAUGUUGCCAUGGUUUUAUCCACGGAACAAUUAAUAAUCAUACUGUAUCUCUUCUCUCUUGAUACAUUGAUUUGAAUUCUGUGAUAUAUUAGGUAUCAGCAAGAGGGUGUCAACUGGCUAUCUUUCCUGAGGAGGUUCAAGCUCCAUGGAAUCUUAUGUGAUGACAUGGGAUUGGGCAAGACUCUUCAGGCAUCUGCAAUUGUAGCGGCUGAUAUUGUUGAGGGACAGGUGUGUAAUGGUGGAACGGAACACCGAUCUCUAAUUAUAUGUCCUUCAACUUUGGUUGGACAUUGGGCUUAUGAAAUAGAGAAGUAUGUGGAUGAUGAUGUGUUUAAAGUAUUACAAUAUGUUGGUUCCGUUCAAGAAAGGACAUCACUUAGAGAUUCUUUCAAUACAUAUAAUCUUAUUAUAGCAUCUUAUGAUGUUAUCCGAAAAGAUAUUGAUUAUCUUGAAAAGCUCCAAUGGAAUUAUUGCAUCUUAGAUGAAGGGCAUGUCAUCAAGAAUGCAAAGUCUAAGAUAACAAAUGCCGUGAAACGUUUAAAAGCUGAAAACCGCCUUGUAUUGAGUGGUACACCCAUCCAAGUAUGGCUUCUGACCUUUGAUACCUUUAUAAUUUUGAAAUCUUUAUUGUUUUUACUACUUUUGAUCUUUCUGUUGAUAACUUUGUUUUCCUGUGUGACUUGCAGAACAACGUUUUGGAACUGUGGUCACUCUUUGAUUUUCUAAUGCCAGGGUUUCUAGGUACUGAGAGACAGGUAAUUGUUCUCUUGUUAAGAACCAUGAUUAUGCAUUUAGUUGGAUAUUAUAAGGAUCUUUAAUCCUUACCGUUUCUAUUAUUUAUUUUUAAAGGAAUGCAAAUGACAAAGCUUCCUAAUAAUGUGGUUGUUUGUUAUCUUUAUCUGUGUAUCUGAUUUAAAAUAAAUUUGUUUUCGAACCUUCUCUUUUAAACUUGAAGUGCUUUGGGACGAAUCUCAGCAAUCACAUUACGGAAAACAGGGAUGCGAGAACCCGGAAUUGUCGUUUUAGACAGUGCUUUGUAAACAUCAAAAAGAUUAUCAAAAUAGAGAAAAAAAACUAUUACCUGCCGAUUCACUUUAGAUCACGAAACCCUUUAGAUUUAUGGGUUUUAGAUGGUACAUGCUCUGAACGGGAGGGUACAUUUCGAGAUAGAUGCCACGAUCUCUUGGACUUAAUGUUUGCAGCUUGAUCCUCACAUGUCCUCACUUUUUAUAGAAAAAGUAGUGUAGCAGCUGAUUUCAGAUCUUGACUAACAUUAUGGUAAUGGUUUUGCAUCAUAUUUUCACUACUCAUUGACUGGGCAACUCCAUAGAACCAUUAUCACUACUCAAACAUGACUUGCUGUUUCUUAUUCUUUUUUUUUUUCAAAAUGCGAUAAUGGAGUCAGUUCUUUAAUGCUGUUGCAGUUUUCUUUCUAUCUUGGGUGAAUAUCGAUUUUUUUAAAUGCCAAAAGAGGAUUUAUCCUCUAUGUCACCAUUUUUUCUCGAACUUCCUCUGUUUAAAAAUGUCAACAUUUUCUUUCCAAUUUUUUGCAAAGUCAGUAUAAUUUUUUUUAAUGAGAAGCUUCACCUUUCCUGCAUGUGUCUGGCCCCUCUUUGUCCAUUUAGAUAUUUUUUCUGUUGUUUGAUCUUCUGAACUGUUCUAAUUCUUUAAAAUGAAUGUUUCGAUGCAUGUAUCAGUUUUUUUUCUUUAAUUCAUUUUAUUUGUCUAUUUCUUCUAAAGUCAAGAUGUUGCUUACACAGUUCCAAGCUACAUACGGGAAGCCACUUUUGGCUGCCAGAGAUCCAAAAUGCUCGGCAAAAGAUGCAGAAGCCGGUGCUCUUGCUAUGGAAGCGUUGCACAAACAGGUCUACUUCUGCUGUAUUCAAUCGCUAUUCUGGGAAAGUUUUCUGCCCAGGUGAUCUUAACUUUUAUUAAUCUCUGUAUACAGGUUAUGCCUUUUCUUCUUCGUCGGACAAAAGAUGAGGUCCUGUUGGACCUUCCUGAAAAGAUUAUUCAGGACAGAUACUGUGAUCUUAGUCCUGCCCAGCUUAAGUUAUAUGAGCAGUUCUCCCAUUCUGAUGCGAAGAAAGAAAUAUCAACAAUCGUUGAAGCCAGCGAUGGAUCCAAGACGGAAGAAACCAUUCCAACACCAAAAGCGACUUCUCACAUCUUCCAGGUACCAUAUAAUAUAUCCGAUAGGCGAUCAGCUUACUGCAGCAUUUGUUUACUUUGCUCACCAUCUCUUUUAUCAUUUUCAGGCCCUCCAGUACCUGCUGAAGUUAUGCAGCCAUCCAUUGCUUGUCCUUGGACAGAAGCCUCCGGAGCCUCUCAUGCGUCUCUUAUCAGAGGUUAUGCCAAGUUGUUCUGAUAUUAUAUCCGCCCUUCACGAGCUAGAACACUCUCCCAAGCUGGUUGCUCUUAAGGAAAUACUAGAAGAAUGCGGAAUAGGACAGGAUGUGACAGGAAUUGAAGGCGGCAGUGCCACCGGAGAGCAUCGAGUCUUAAUCUUUGCUCAACACAGGGUAAACAAACAUCCCUAUCUCUGCCUAAUAACAUUCGGUACAAUCUGUGACAGUUCUAACAGAUUUUUAUUUUUUAUUUUUUGUUUUUUUUGUGCUUGUGGCAGUCUCUUCUGGAUAUUAUUGAGAAGGACUUGUUUCAGGCUCACAUGAAAAAGUAAGUCUAAUCCUCUUCAUUCCCUCUGCAUCAUGACAUACUUUUUGUGCCGUCAUUGACUUUUCUUGUCUAAAAGUAAUGGGAAACCUUGUCUUGAUGUGAAUUUUUCAUUCAUCUGGUGGGUUAGUAAUUCUUCUCAUGCUUAUAAUUAGCGCAUCAGAUGUAACGAAUAGACCCACACAACAUAACCUAUCUUGUUCGAGUAGCCUACACGAAUCUUUCUAUUUAUAGUAACUCGGUCGUAUGGUGUUUGCAUAAAUGUAAGCAACCACUGGAUGGAACACAAGUUUAUGUCAUAAACUUUAUCUGCCGCAUAUUGAGUCAACCUUUUGGUCUAUCAUUCAUUAUUAGUCAACUUGGUAUUCGGUGGAGACGUGAAGAAGCCAGAGCCCUGCCUACAUCUUGACGCAGCUUUGGCUGUUCUGAAUAGGUUUAGAAGCCACCCCUCUUGAGUCAACUCGCUCCCUUUUUUAAGCCUUUAUCCACCUGAAGGAUUUGCCUGGUGCUGGUUGAAAAUUCUUUCUAUGAAAGAUGGGGAGAUUUGGUUGAGUUAAGAAAAAAGUUAGUCUCUAUAUCUAGUAAAUGAUAACGAAGUUUUUUCUUUUUUUUUUUUUUUUGGUUUGAAAACUCUUUGAAUGGUGUGAGUCAUCUAAAGAGAGGUCAGCAAUGUUCGUUGGUUAGGGUGUAGGCUCUCUCUCUCUCUCUCUCUCUCUCUCUCUCUAUCUCUUCUCAGUUUGUCAUUCUUAUUCAUGUAAAGGGCAAGAAGAAUUAUUUCUUGAUAAUGUAUUUAGCAUACAAAAUAGGAAAUUAAUUACCUAAAGGCCCAUGUAAAGUUUUGCAAGUGGGUUCAUUCACAUUUGGGAUCAAUCUAAUGAUGAUGUUGCAUAGAAUGUGGCUUGUCGUUCAGGAAGACUGAUGGAUCCUAAAAUUUUAUCUUAAAAUGGCCAUCCAAAUAUGACCACAAUUCAGAAAAUCUCUGCCUUCUCAUAUAUAUAUAUAUAUAUAUAUAUAUUAUUUUAUUUUAUUUUUUCUAACUUGGGCGCUGAUGGAGCAGCGUCACCUACCUGCGGCUCGAUGGGUCUGUGGAACCGGAGAAGCGCUUUGAUAUUGUGAAGGCAUUCAACUCGGAUCCCACCAUCGAUGUCUUGCUGCUCACCACUCACGGCAAGGAUUGGGCUAUUUAAUUUCUCUUCUUCUCUUUGUAUUUUUUUGCUUUUUUUCUGAUGGGAUUGUUCUGUGUUCUUCGCUGAUUUUAUAUGUUCUCUUCAGUUGGUGGGCUUGGUUUGAACUUGACCUCCGCUGAUACGCUGGUCUUCAUGGAGCACGACUGGAAUCCCAUGAAAGAUCAUCAGGUUCGAAGAUCCUCCUCCCUCCCUCCCUCCCUCCCUCUCUCUCUCUCUCUCUCUCACUCUGAUCUCGGCACCUCUUUCAGUUACACUCACUAUCACGGAGCACCCAUCUGUUAAAAGAAUCUAAAUUUGAAUAAACAUGUCUUUCUCUCACUUCUCUCUCUCGACCCCCCCUCCCCCUCUCACUCUGAUCGUACUCAAUAACUUGCUGCUCACUCUGAUACGCUGGUCCUUCUAAUGGGAUUCUCUCCUGCUCUUCCCGUUGACAAAAUGGAUACCAUGAGGAUUCAUUCCUUUUGAAUGUGUGCGCAGGCGAUGGACCGGGCCCACAGGCUGGGUCAGCGGAAGGUGGUCAACGUCCACCGGCUGAUCAUGCGUGGAACCCUCGAGGAGAAGGUGAUGAGCCUUCAGAGCUUCAAAGUCAACGUCGCCAACGCUGUCAUCAAUGCUGAGAACGCCAGCCUCAAGACCAUGAACACCGACCAGCUCCUCGACCUCUUCACCCCCCUCUCCGUCACCACCUCCACCACCAAGGCAAAGGUAAAAAACCCUCCUUUUCCCUUCUUUCUUCCUUUGUGGCCGUGGGUUUGGUUGACUCUUUGGCAAGUCGACGUGGGUUGACUUUGUGGGUGGUGGGCAGUUUGGAGCGGCGGCGGGUGUGGGCCCGGAGAUGGAGGAAGUGGGCCUGAGGCCCGGGAGAAAGGGCCUAAAGGCCGUGCUCAGCGGGCUGGAGGAGCUCUGGGACCAGUCUCAGUACGAAGAAGAGUACAAUCUCUCCCACUUCCUCUCUAAGCUCAACGCUUAA